CCAGCGGCAAACCCACCCCAGGGCACUCAGGGAAUGUCGGUUGCGGGCGGAAACCCGUCGUCACUGGCUAUUGCCCAGUCGAUUGCGGCAUCGACUGCUGUGCCUGUUCCAGGGGCCAUCUGGCGCGGCGGCAUGACGUGGGCGUCCAAGCAGCCCAACGGCCAGAAUCACGAGCUCUCGUGCCCGAUCACCGCCCACACCUUCCCAGGCAUGAACUACAGCCCCCAGGACGUUAUGCUGGACAAGUGGCCCGAGCACUUCAAUGUCAGCGGAAUUAUCGCCGGAACCGACAAGUUUGCCGAGUACUGCAUCAACAACGGCAUCCCAGCCGUGCGCAUUAUGUGCAACCCGAACGCCGAAGUCGAGCAGGCAAAGUACUUUGAGGAGUUUGGCAAGACCCUGCGCGAGAGCUCGUACAUGGCCCUGGUCCGUGUGCAUCUGCAGCCGCAGCAGCCCAACCUUCAGCAGCAAGCCAACGGCAUCUUCAUCGUCCACUACCGGGGCAAUCUGAUCGGCCUGCUCUUUCUGCACCACUCGAUUCCGCCUAACGUCAGCCAAGUCGUUGCCCAGCUCUCUGGCAGUACGAUAGCCACCGCUGCUCCCAGCGCUCCGGCACCGGCUCCAAUUUCCGCCACAUCGACUCCUGCGCAGCAGCUCAUGUCCGGCACCAGUGCAAUUUCUGGCGACACGGCGGCUGCCGCUGCGGCUGCGCUGACCAGCGUUCAGAUGACCCCGCAGAUGUCUUCGGCUGGCCUACCAAUGUCAACUAUGCAAAGCGCGGCGAUGCUGGCACGGAGCAUGGGCAUCACCAACGCAGGUAUGGUGAACUCGGUGCCGCAGUUGAUGAGCCCACUACAGGUCCAGAGCGUGCGGCCGAACAUCACCAGCCCAGCAGUCCAGGCGGCCAUUCCCAACCGGCCCAGCAUCAACCCGGCAGCGCUGCUAGCGCUGCAGAGCGCAAUUCCGCCCGAUCAGUUCCAAAGCCUACUGAGCAUGCCCCCACAGCAGCAGAACAUUGCUAUUGCGCAGCUUCUCCAAAAGGUGAAUUCCAAUAGCCAGCAGCAACAGCAGCAGCACCAACAGCAACAGGCCCAGCAGCAGGCGCUUUUGCUGCAGCUCCAGCAGAUGCAGAACCAGCAGGCUCAGCCGCAGGCACAACAGUUCCAGCAGACGUCACAGCAGCCGCUGGUGCAGCUCAUUGCCCAGCAGCAACAGCAAGCGCAGGCACAGCAGCAGCAGCAGCUGGGCAGUCUGGGAGUGAAUAAUCUCGGGGGUCUCAACUCGGCUCAGAUCAGCGCUGCCCUGAUGAGUGCCAUGGCUGGCAGCCAGCGCAGCGCCCAAGGCCAGCAGUUCACCCCACAGCAGCUGCAAAGCAUCCAGCGACUGCGCGAGCAGGUGAUGCGGCAGCAGCAGACACAGCAGCAGCGACAGCAGUGAUGGCCAGGUUGCACACUGAGGAUGUGGUUCUAUAAACAUUUUCUUUCUUGUUCGUGUUAUGCCAAACUGGAAAACCAAC